CCCACAAACUUUAAUGGGUUUUCAUUGAUUUAUUCGUUCAAGAUAUUAUAUACAUACAAGUUGCAAAAAUUGAUCAAUUUUCUAGAUCUAUUGUUCUCAUUUUCUGAUUUCAUAUCUAUAUAUAUAGCCAGAAGCUAUGAUGCUCAGCAACAAGAACGAAAGCAAUGGCGCCGAGAGAGCAGCAGCGCAACCCGCGUGUGCUGCGUGCAAGCAUCAGAGGAAGAGGUGCAAAAGAGAGUGCAUACUGGCACCAUAUUUUCCUGCUGAUAAAAGCAAAGAGUUCCAAGCUCUUCACAAAGUCUUUGGUGUUAGCAAUUUAGGGAAACUUAUGACUAGAGUCAAGGAAGUAGAUAGAAAGAAGGCGUCAGAAUCGUUCACAUGGGAAGCUAGUUGGAGGCUACUAGAUCCAGCUUUAGGUCCUCAAGGAGAGUACCUGAAAGUUUGUGAGGAACUGAAGAAGUAUAAGAAACUCUGUGAGGAGCUGAGCCGGACAGUGCAAUUACAUAGAACGAUGACAACACCACGGGGGAGUGUCAUCGGAUGGAAUGUGACUAAUGGGAUGGGGAAUGGAAUCAUGAAUGGCAAUAGUAAUUCAUUCAGCCGUAACAACAAUACCAGUAAUAACUUGAUGGUAGAUUUGAGCACCUAUGGUUUUCAAUCACAGUAUGUUCAGAAUCCAGAUAAAGUAUUAAAGCAACAAAAAGAUGUUGGUCCUAUUGUUGUUCCAUACCAACAGCAACAGCAGCAGAAUUCACUCAAUACUGGACAUCAUCAGCAAUACUGUCUUCCUUGCCAGAGUCGUUUAGGAAGAAGGCCUGGUGGAGCUCCUCGUUCAGCCUCAGCCCUGACCCUCUCACAGACCAUUUGUCGAACACCUGCCGUGUCCAAAUAUGAAAUAGCCAAGGGAAGGGGGUUAACUCGACCUCGAAAAUCUUUCUUAUCACAUCCUAGUAUAAUUAAGGCAAUUUUCGUUUUCUUUAUCUUGUAUCAGUAAUUAGUACUACGCUGUCGUUUUGUUCCCUUCCUUUUCUUCUUUUCCGCCACCUACAUGAGCAAUCUUGUUUCGCCUAAAUUGUCUUCUUACAACUCCUAAGAUUCAAAAAACUGAGAUCAUCAGUUGAAACCUUCUUCGCAAGCAGUGAAGGCCACCGGAGACUCAGAUCAAAUAUCUUGUCUUGUUUUUCG